CUCCUACAAGUAUUCUUGCAAUUAACCUCUGUGCCUCUUGGGUAUUGCAUUUGAUGAGUGGACUGUCCCGAUCGCAUUACCAAUUUCUGUGCUGUGUUGUGGUUUUACGAUCCACCAGCACACGCCUUGAUUAUGAAGGAUGUCGAAGAAAUCACUGGGGGCCCUGCUGCAUUUGAGCCCAAUAGUGAUCCAAGAUCAUGCUGCUAUCAGUGAAACAAAUCGACAAUGGGCCGCUUGGUUCAUGCCAAAAGGCUUAAUUUUCUUUCUCUCAGCCUCGUCGGCAACAACGGAUUGUUCGGCUUAGGGUCUUGUUCUUGUGAUUGACAUCACCGGCGCUCAACAUGAUUAGGUCAUGAACACUACAAUUGCUCCAAGUCUAUCGCCAUUCCCAAACUUGACGUAACUUGACGUUGGAUUUUCUUGAGAAGUUGAAUCUUGUCAUGGAUAGAGAGACAAAGACCGUUUUUAAUAGAAAUCAAAACAGCUUAUGCCUAUCGCAAAUUACACGAGAGUUCAACUGUAGAUCAGCUUUCUAUGUCCUCUUUCUGUGGAUUAUUGAAUCAACGUACAAAGGACCGGCACCUCAGGCUGGCCCCCUGCUAGUAUUCUAUGUCUUCAGCGGCGUGUUUACGAUAUUCUUAGACUGUUUACUGGCUACAAUACACUCUACCCAGAGUAUUUAAGAAGUUGAAUGAUGAAGGUGCUUUCGUCGUUCGGGGAAAAUAACCAAAAAGGAAACCACAGUACCU